GGACACGGAGGCGACGGUUUCCUCAAGUUUCAGGACUCGGAAGAGAUCACAUCCGUCGAGUUGGGCGACGCCUUCGAGCAGAUGUGGCAAAAGAGACGAUACAACGAAGUGCUGCUAAUUGUGGACACGUGUCAGGCGGAGUCACUCUCCCAGAAGAUCUACUCACCGAACAUACUGUCGAUCGGGAGCUCCAAAGUGGGUGAGGACUCGCUCUCACAUCACGGCGACCCCACGAUAGGGGUGUAUGUCAUCGAUCGGUACACGUAUUAUGCGCUCGAAUUCCUCGAGAAAGUGCAGAUCAAUAGUCAGAAAACGUUGGGACAGUUUAUGGCUGUCUGUCCCAAACGGGUCUGCAUUUCGACGGUUAGUGUCAAUACAGAGCACUAUAAUCGCGACGCGAAUAAAGUGCCGCUCAAUGACUUCUUCGGCAAUGUGGCCGCCAUUGACCUCAUCAGUAGUGAUCACUCGACGCGCGUCCAGACAAUCCAUAUAACCAGUGAUGAUAAGAGUGGCGACAAAAGUGCGAACAGAAGUGAAUACAAACUCGAAGCGAAACAAGUGGAGCAUAACUGGCAUUACGUGAAUCCCUUUCCAUUCGCGUUGAUUUAG